CUGUGGAGCAAUAACUGGAUUGUUUGUAAAACUUUGACCCAUAUGUGUCAUUUACCUACUUGGAAUCUGAACUCAUAAAAACUGGUCAGAAUCUACAGAGAGUGAGAAAAGGCUGAGUGCACCCGAAGCUCUAAAUUUAUAAGAUUUACUGAAAAGUUCGACUUUUGUGAAAGCUGAAAAUGGAAUAUGCAAAGAAAUCUCUCAGCUUCUUCUCUUCCAGUUCGAUCUCCAGGUGUGUUUCAGCUAGUGCAUCAGCAACAUCACAAUUAUUAAAUGGUACUCCACAGCAAAGACCAUUUCGGGUGUGCAACUGGGAUCGGAGCCUCAAGAAGGGCAUCAUGGCGACAGGUCUUGUGGAUUUAAUGGACAAGGUUCAAGAUUCGUUACAUACAACAUCUAGUGCCUCACUGCUACUGGAAGAAGAUGGGACAUGCAUUGAAACAGAAGAAUUCUUUCAGACUGUACUUGAUAAUACACUCUUGAUGGUGCUUGAGAAAGGACAGAAAUGGACACCAUCAGAGAACAGUGGCUUUCACCUUGGAUUCACUGAUAAAUUACGCCGAAGAAAAGAUGUUGCCAGAAUAACCUUUGACCUCUACAAAGAAAAUCCUCAAGAUUUUAUUGGCUGCCUAAGCAUGAAAGCGACACUGUAUGGUUCGUAUUCCCUAUCAUAUGAUGUCCAAUGUGUGGGAGCAAAGAAAAUAAUGAGGGAAGCCUUGCGUUUGACAAUGUUCACAAUGCAAGCUACAGGCCAUGUGCUACUUGGAACUUCAUAUUAUAUGCAGCAUCUACUGGAUGAGGAUGAAACACAGGCAGCAGUCAAACCUUUCUGUGCACUUGAAUGAACUGUUUGUCAUACCUACUUAUUUUUCCUACAAAUGAACUUUUAACCACAUCUCGUGUUUGCUACACUUCUGUAGCAACAGCAUGAAGUUGUCCUGAAAGUUUGUCAUUGCAAUGUGUUUAUGGUCAAUUUGUGCAUGAGUAGAUAAUAACAUCUGGGUUAAUAUGGUAUAAAAGUAAAAAAUGCUGUAAAUUACUUGCAUCUGCUACUUUCAGAGUAUUUUACUCUAAUGAACUCGAAUGUAAUUGCUUUAUUGCAGCAAACCUGAACAAGAGACUAUACUCAUGCAGGAUAAUACUGUAGUGGUUGGAGAACAGCUCAAGUGUUGUGGAAUAAUUAAUUGCAAUACCGCAGGCUGCAAUGUUCACCAAAUAAAGCUACCACUUGUUUUCUGCAAGAUAUAGAUACACCACCUAAUGAGUGGGCUAUUAAUCACCUUCAGGGGCUAAUUUUAUUGUUAUACCCUCUGUAAGCAGUGACAUUUUAAAGUGCCCACUCCUUCUACAAUGCCUAUGUCUAUUGUAAAAGUAAAUUUGUGUUGUUUAACGUGAUAAAUCAUCUUGAGGAUAGUCCAGCAAAACAGCACAUCAGUAAAGCCUGCAGACCAUAUUAAUUUUUUGUUCUUCCCUGUCCCCCACCUUUUUUUUUAAACCUGCAAUGGCAAUGAUUCAGCCACACUCUAAAAUAAGAAUGGCUAAAUGACUAUUUAUGACUAAAUUACUUAAUUUUUUCUUGACUGCAAAGUGGAGAUAUCACCAAUUGACAGACUACAAGAUUUAUCCAAACUAUUUUCCCCAUAAGUCCUUUGAGGUUUAUAUUAUAGAGAUAACAGAAAACUAAGUAUAAACUGGCUACAUCAGGGACCUGUCUCCCUUUUGUUUUGAGGAAGUAAUGCAAUAAACAUAAAUAACCAGAAAGAUUUGAUUUUGGUGAAAUGUGGCUGAUCACUUUUUUAAGAGAUUGCAUGCAUAUUUGUUACCUUAGCACUAAAGCGCAUGUAUAAAAUUGGCAUAGUUGAAAUGAAAAUGCUUGUAAUUGCAGGAUAUCAUUAAACCAAAUCCUGACUGUAUUGUGACUUGCUGAAAAUAACUCUUUGAUUGGUAUCCUGAGUAUUUUGUGUUUACAUCUGUAACUUGAUUCUAAUCCACUUGGUCUCCAAGGUUUGAGUUUCCCAUUGUAGCAUAAUUUCUGGUUUUGGGAAACUGACAGCAAAGUAAUCAACUUGGUGUCGUAUUAAUGUAUCUGGAAAUACACUGCUCAAUACCAACAUGCUGUGCUAGGAUGUGUAGAAAAUAAAAACAACAUCUAGUUUCAGUAGGAAAUCCUAAAAUAGAGCAUGUGACAUUUUUCAAUCCUUUAUUUCAUUUGGAUCUGGACUUGAGUUGUUUAUGACUCUGAAUUACUUCAGAAUUACUCGGUGUGAAACUUAGUAAUGAACUCCCAAAUGGAAAUAUCUAAAUCUUGCAUUAUUUCUAGCACUGAUACUUGGAACUUGGUACAGGUAAAGAAUUCAACUUCUAGUUGUAAGCAUUGCAUUAUUGCGUUUAAAGGUUUAACAGUUUAUUUCAAAUGGAGAACCCACACAAUCUUAUGAAUCCCAUUUAGUGUUUCACUAAGCAAACACAUGGUUUUCGAGAUAUUUAUUGAACGAUGCCUUGGUUACCAGUCCUCCUGUGGUGCUCCCAGGUGUUGUGGCUUUGUUUCUCUCAUGGAAGGGAAUUGGUCAAGAUCAUGUCAAUUAGGUUUAUUCCUCCUUCCUUACAGAAAACACUGAAGUACAGUUCUAAUUUAUUCCUCAUUGCCCAGUAUUUGAGACAAACAUCAGCAAGUUCAUUCCUGGCCUGGCAAAGAGAACCCCAAAUGCACCAUGUCCAAAUACUGUCAGUUUAGUAGCAGCCUUUUUUGUGG